UUAAUUGCAACAAAAAGUUAACGGCGUUAAAAUCUAAUAUCUAACUACGAGUUUAUAAUCAGUUUGCAUUUAUUAUACCGCAGAAAAAAAGUACGAAUUGCAUAUUUAUUAGGUCAUCUAAAAAUUAUCUUAAAGGAUAGACAAGAUAAAAAAAAUUAGUGUGCAGUUAAAUAAUAUUAAUAACACAAAAAAAGCAAACAAAAAGUGAAUCACUUUUGUAUAUUAUGAGCGACUGGGCAAAAACUCAAAAAAACCAAACCAAUAAAAACAUUGAAAAAAUGUCGGAUGACGCAUCUAAGUUUUUGGGAGGGAUAUUGGGUGACAUUAGCUCCCGCUCGGCUUACUCACAAAUACUAAUAGGUGCCUCAACUGGUUGGGCCACUGGUUUCGCCACCAUGAAAGUAGGAAAAUUUGCUGCUUUCGCCAUUGGUGGUGGAAUUAUAUUAAUGGAAAUUGCGCAUCAAGAAGGCUACAUCGAAAUUGAUUGGUCGAAAAUAACACGCAAAUUGGAUAAAGUCACCGAUAAAGUUGAGGAAGCUGUCACUGGCCACGAGAAAACUUGGAUUGACAAGACCGAAAGAUUUGUUGACCGUAAAUUGGAUCGUGCUGAGGACUUGCUGAAGGACAAGUCGAAAUUAGCAAAAAAAUGGUACAGCAAAUUGAUUGGCGAUGAAAAUGGUCCCAAAAUAAAUGAUCUACACAUUUUCUUAACUGCAUUCGUUGGAGGCAUUGCCUUGGGCAUAGCCACUGCUUAAAAGUAAAGUUUUUAAAACAAA